AUGAUCGAGAACACGAUCAAAUUUCGUUUCCCUGCGUUGGCGCCGCGUCCAACAUGGAUUGAAAUCGCUGACUUCUUGAAGCAGCUGAAAUCCAAUGUAAUGCAUAUGGAAACCGUGUACAAGAUGGAGGAGGAAAGAAGCCUGUCCAUCAAGUUCAAAACGGCAAUCGCAAUGGAGGAAGCGUUGCGAUUAAAUUCAGGACCUGUCAAAUUUUGUUAUUCGAAUGGGAAAACGGUUCACGUUACCAUGUCACGAGCUGGAACCAACGAGGGGCACCGUAAAAACGCCUGCCCACAACGUCCAACCCGGAAUCGAAAGGCAAAGGGAGUGGAAAUGGUUGCUAGUACCUAUGCUAGUGCCGUGAUUGACGGUGGUGUAGCACUAGCUCAGCAGGAAGCCGUGAACGAGGAAAAGGAAGUGGUCAAAGAGGAUUCCGAAGCGAAAACGGAAGCGGAUGAAGGCGAAGAGCAAGGUACAUUGCAAGGAACGGAACCGAUUGUGUAUCAAAGCGAGUAUGAGAAGACUCUGGCGGAAAAUUGGGCUAAACACGAGGCGGAGAAGCGUAAAAGACAAGAAGAAUAUCGGAAACAGGAGAAGUCAAUGCAGCGACGAUAUCAAGAGAAUCUACGGGCGAAAGAAGAGGAGCAAAAGGAGCGGUGGGAGAAGUGUGAAGCGGAGAGAAGAAGCAGGCAGGAAAAAUUUAAUCGGGAAUCAUCUCAACAGCAGCAAGUACUUCCGGCGGGAAGUCUUCUACAGUCUCCACCCAAGAAGAACGCUCGAAAGCAGUAA